AUGUCUGAAAGGGAGGUUACCCAUCUAGACGAACCCAAACUCCACGAGAAACAUACCGAAUCGUUCGUCGAGCACGCUCAGUCUGUCAUCGAUGAAGAGAAGGCUUCGCGAGUUCGAGGGGAUUACUCCGGAGCCGUUACGAAGACGGACCCGAGAGAGAUCAAGCUGGUGCGGAAGCUUGAUAUGAGAGUCAUGCCCAUUGUCUGGGCCAUGUACUUCCUCAACUACGUUGACCGCAAUGCCAUCGCAAGUGCACGCCUUAACGGGCUGGAGGAGGAUCUUGGACUCCAGGGCACGCAGUACAAUACCUGUAUCUCGAUUCUCUUUGUCGGAUACCUGCUCAUGCAGAUCCCAUCGAAUAUGCUCAUGUCCUCGGGAAAAGUGCGUGCCUCCGUCUACAUGAGCAUUUGCAUGGCCAGCUGGGCUAUCGUAUCCGCCUGCACUGCACUCACAAAGAAUUACACUGGCCUGGUGGUGGUGCGGUUUUUCCUCGGGAUUACCGAAGCCCCCUUCUACCCGGGCGCGCUCUUCCUCCUCUCCCUCUUCUACACCCGCAAGGAGAUUGCGCUCCGCAUAUCCAUUCUGUACUCGGGGAACAUUGUUGCGACAGCAAUGUCCGGCCUGAUUGCCCUAGCGACCUUUGAGACUCUCGACGGCUCACACGGGCUGAAAGGAUGGCAGUGGCUCUUCAUCAUCGAGGGGGCUGUCACGUUUGGUGUGGCGAUGUUGGGCCUGUUGAUGCUUCCAGACCAUCCGCUUACAACUGGCUGGCUGACGCCUGAGGAGCGCGAACUGGCUCAUGGCCGUAUCCUUGCUGAUACCGUAGGCAGCGAGAGCUCCAAGGGGGUGCUGGCUGGGCUGAAGGAGGCCUGCCGUGACCCGCGGCUAUACCUUCUAGCUUUCAUGCAGAAUAUGCAUCUCAGCGCCUGCAGCUUCAACAACUUCUUCCCUACCGUCAUUGGGAGUCUCGGGUUCAACUCGACUAUCACCCUGGCGCUGACGUGUCCGCCGUACCUUGUUUCUGGCGCCUUUGGUGUCGUUGUGGGCAUCACGUCCGGAAAAUGGAAUGAGCGCACCUGGCAUAUUACGGUGACUAUGGGCAUUGCCGUCAUCGCAUUUAUUGUUUCAUGUGCCACCAUGAACACCGCAGCCAGAUACCUUUGCUGCUUUCUGUUCACCAGCGGCGCGUACGCAGUCAACUCGGUUAUUCUCGGCUGGGUGUCUGCGACACUCGGCCAGACGGCCGAGAAGAAGGCGGCUUCUCUGUCCUUUGUCAAUGUCAUCGCGAACGCAUCGUAUAUAUACACUGCAUACCUCUACCCUGACUCCGACGGACCUCGGUAUCUCAUCGCCAUGUCGAGUAACGCGGCAUUUGGCGCUGCCACGGUUAUGAGUGCCUGGGCCUUGAGGUGGUGGCUGCAGGCUACGAACAGGAAGAUUCAGCGUGGGAUGCUCGCUGGUGGUGAACAGGGGGUGUUUUAUGCCUACUGA